GCCGAAGCGCGACCGCGCCCCUGGCCCGCCGCCCAGCCAUGUGCGCAGACGCCGCCGGCACGGAGGCGCGCCCCCUGGCCGCCGAGCUGGCGCGGCGCCUGCCCGGCCUGCUCUUCGCGGGCGUCGACCGCUUCCCGCUGGCGGGCGGCCGGCGCCCCCCCGGCGCGGCGGCGGAGGAGUGCGGCCGGCGCCCCGCGCCGGUCCCCGUGCUGGCCGUGCGGGCGCGGGCCGUCGGGGAGCUGCUGGACGCGGGCACCGCGGAGGCGAUGGCUGCGCUGUCGCAGGGGGAGCGGCGGCGGGAGACGGAGCCCCGGCGCUUGGAGCUCUGGCUGCCGUCGGAGCUGCUCGGCGGCAGCCGCGGCCCGGCCCAGCAGGUGGAGGUCUCCUGGCACGACGCCGCAGACUUCGCGGCCCUGCUGCUCAAGGGGAACCCCAGCGCCGUCGAGGCAGUCCGCUCCGGGGAGGCGCCCCUGCACAGCAGCCCGGAGUGGGCCGCGCUGCUCGCCGUGCUCGGCCCCGGCUGCUGCGAGUCGCUGCUCGCGGGCAAGGACUACCGCAUGGCCUGCGCGGGUCCGGCGAUGAGCCUGCUGCGAGGCUCGCCGAGCGUGCUGGGCCCUGACCUGCUGCCUGCGGUGUCGGAGCUCUGUGAGCGAGCAGCGACGGGUGCCGGGGAGGAGCUUCGCGGUCGCGUCGUGGAGCUCGUCGCGAGCGGCGAGGCAGGGCGGGAGGCGUGGCAGGCCGCGGUCUCCGACCUGGUGAGGGCUGCAAGCAAGGCGCCCUGUGCAGCCAGCGCGCUGCCCGUGGAGCUCGUGCAGGGAUGGGCCGACCGCAUCCGCAGGAGCAGCUUCCUGUCCUUUGCGAUGCAGAUCACGGCGCCCAGCGCAGCCCUUCUGGCAGCACGGCAGGAUGCGCCUGCCCUCGACCCCGAGUGGUUGUCGCGGAUGGGGCCCGCCUGGCCCGCAGGCGCAGGGCUGGUCUUCAUGGCGCAGACGGGCAGCUUCAUGUACGACCUCCACACACCCUCGAGCGAUUCCGACUUCAGCAUCGUCUAUGUUUUGCCGACGGACCAGCUCGUUGCGCGGGAGCCACCGGCGGUGGAGUUUCAGCACCACGCGGAGGGCCCCUUCGGCUCAGACAAGGCGGGUGAGGUAGAAUACAGCGGGAGGGAGCUGGGCUCUUUCCUGUUGGAGCUGGCCAAAGGAAACCCGCGCAACGUGGAGCUCCUCUUCACGGAGAAGCCGCACCAGUACGGCGCGCUGUGGGGCGAGCUGCGCGCCAUGCGCCAGGGGUUCCUCACGCUGCGCUGCGUCAAGCAGUACCUCGGCUUUGUCGCGGAGAAGAUCCGCAAGGCCGCGGCCUUUUCCGAGGAGGGCGCAGGGUCCGCAUUCAGCGCCGAGGUGGGCAGGAAGGUCUCGAAGAGCUUGUACCAGGGGCAGCACAAGCUCUACGAGCUGGAGCGCGUGCUGCGCGGCGAGAGCCCAGUGGUUGCUCUGGUUGGGGAGGAGCGGGAGGCCGUGCUCCGGCUGCGCCGCCAGCCGCCCAGCAGCCUGGGGGAGGCGCGCGCGCUCAUCGCGGAGGCGGAGGCGCAGCUGCGCUCCCUCAGCGGCAGGGCGAGGGAGGCCGAGGCCGCCGCGGCGCUGCCCGCCGAGGUGGAUGCGCCCGCCCUGUGCGGCUGGCUGCGCGGUGUCCGGGAGCGGCUUGCGCAGCAGGCCGCUGCCGGCGCCCCCCGGUGAGUGCAGUGCGCCCGGCGAGGCCCUGGCUGGCACAGCCUCUAGAGGGCGUGACGAGCGGUUCAGCGGAGCGCCUGGUGUGUGUGUGUGUGUGUGUUCUGUGUGCACCUGGCUUCCGUCGAUCCGACGGUGGCGUGGCUUUUCGGCGUCGCCUCAGCCGGUUCGGUCCCGGCCGUCGCUGUUGCAUCAGGGCCGAACCUUGGCACUCCUCAUCGUUCGGUGCACUCGGCGCAGCGGCGUGUACAGCUUCACGGGCGUGUUGUCAAAAUCUGUGGGCAUGGCGAGAGGA